CAACAUUAAAGUUUCCCUUCGUGCUGUAAAACUGAUAGAACAUAAAUUAGCUCGUUAUUGAAAGAUCAAUGGCUGCGGCUGACGCUCUACACAUUCUCAAAUUAGGCAGAUUCACAACAGAGAAAUGUCUGAAGGCAAUCACGAAGACAACACUUGUAAGACUACAUCUGUAGAAUUCUCAGCAGGGGCUCUGUCGACCUUUGACGACGUGUUUAAGCACGUCAACUCGUUUGGUUGUUACCAGAGGGCUCUGUACGCCGGCGUCAACCUUCUCAUCGUUCCCAUCGGGCUGCAAUUCGCUCUGCUCGUUUUCGCCUUCGGAACUCCUAAGUUCCAUUGCAGUGAUGUUAACUCCACAUGUGCUCCGAGCAAGUGCUGUGACAACUGUUCUUCGUACACGUUUGAUGGACCGUUUACUAGCGCAGUGUCCGAGUGGAAUUUGAUUUGCGACAACGCGCACAAAGGCGCCGCCGUGCAGUCAUGUUUCUUCGCUGGAAUGCUCAUUGGCUCAUUGGUCGGUGGCUGGGCCUCGGACAGAUUCGGACGGCGCCUUUGCCUCCUGGUCGGUUCAGCUAUCAUGACGAUUCUGUCGUUCGGCACGUUUUUCGCUGACUGUCCCUCCCUCCUUGCCCUGUUGCGGUUCGGUGUUGGGUUUGCCCUUGCGUCAGUCAUGGUGUGUCAGUACGUGUACGUGAUAGAGCUGGUCGGACCAAAGGCCCGGACGAUGUCCGGUAAAGUCCAAGACUUCUUCUGGGACCUAGGGGAUAUCUUGUCUUUUACGUGCGCGUAUUUUAUCAGGGAAUGGCGAAUGCUCAUCCUUUGCGUUACACUGUUUUUCGUGCCUUUUUUCUUCUUCUGGAGGGUGUUUCCCGACACCGCUCGUUGGCUCAUCACCCAAGGGCGUCAGGAUGAAGCUCGAGAACUCCUCAUGAAGUAUGGCGGCAAGAAGAAAAAGCUUUUAGACAGUGAUAACGCGACGGCGAUGAUUGAAAGCAUUUACAACGAGGAGAUGAGAGAGCAGGAAAAGCGCAAAAACGGCAAGAAUUACACUGCCUUCGAUUUGUUCCGUUCACCGAAAUUGCGAAAGCGAACUCUGAUUCUCUGUUUUAAUUGGUUCGUCAUCUCUCUCAUCUCCUUUGGGAUUUAUCUUUACAUCACCGCAUUGGCAGGAAACCUCUACGUCAACUAUCUUGUGAUGACUCUUCUUUCCAUUCCGCAUCUUCCGAUUUCUUGGUUUCUCAUGCAAAGGUUUGGGCGUCGGAUUCCGUUCUUCGGUUACAUGUUCAUCGCUGGUAUUUUAUGCUUGGUUAUAAUGGGGAUCCCGAAAGCCAAUGCAGCUAUCGUAGCGGGUCUUGCUAUAUUUGGUAGAAGUCUAACAUCGUGUGCAUUCAACAACAUCUACCUUAUUUCCUCAGAGCAGUUCCCUACAGUUGUAAGGAACAUCGGCAUGGGAGUGGGCUCCAUGUGCGCUCGUGUUGGCGCCAUUUUAUCGCCGUUUAUCGUCAUGCUGGCCCAGCUUCCAGGGUUUAGCUUGACUUUCCCCGUCAGCAUCUUCGGCGUCCUUGCUGUGCUAGCUGCUAUUUCGUCGCUAUGGUUACCAGAAACACUCAAUACCAGUCUCCCGCAGACUAUCGAGGAAAUGGAGAGGACCAAGGAGCAUUAUGGGGUCCCGUGCUCUACUCUGCGAUCAAAGAAAACCGUCGAAUAUGCCUUUGAUGAAAAUGAUGACAAUGUAGAUUUUGCUUGAGUUUGAACCCUUUCGCUGUUCAAAAUAAACAUGUCUUGUCUGAUUAAUUUUUCAGGCUUUCACGAAUCACGAAUAAAAAAAGAAGCUUCUGCCAAUCACGGUUCUAACUUUUAUUUUUCUCCUGAAUAUAUGAUUUAAUAUACAUAGAUCAUAGAUCAACGCUGCGGUUGAUCCACUCCUCAGUUAAACUAACACACAAUGACAUUAACGUUUACUUCUACGUACAAAUGUAUGAAACGUGACGCGAAAAACCGCCAAUCACGAAUCACGAAAAUACUCUUCACCACCCUAACAUAACUGCACUUAUUAAAUGAUUGACACCUUUUCUAUUGUUAUUGCAAGUUUAUUUCAUUAAAAAUACCUAUGAAUAAUUUACAAUAUUAAAGAACGGGAAGAGCUUCAUUUAUCAGCAGGGAAAAAUGGGGUUUAAUAUGAAAUCAUUAAAUGUGAAUGAGGUUAUAACUAGAAUACUAAUAAGGAGGAGUAGGUUAAAAACUAGAUAUUUGUAGGCUUUUACGAAUUACGAAUAAAAAAAGAAGCAUCUGCCAAUCACGGUUUUAACUUUUAUUUUUCUCCUGAAUAUAUGAUUUAAUAUACAUAGAUCAUAGAUCAACGCUGCGGUCCAUCCACUCCUCAGUUAAACUAACACACAAUGACAUCGAUGUUUACUUCUACGUACAAAUGUAUGAAACGUGACGCGAAAAACCGCCAAUCACGAAUCACGAAAAUACUCUUCACCACCCUAACAUAACUGCACUUAUUAAAUGAUUGACACCUUUUCUAUUGUUAUUGCAAGUUUAUUUCAUUAAAAAUACCUAUGAAUAAUUUACAAUAUUAAAGAACGGGGAGAGCUUCAUUUAUCAGCAGGGAAAAAUGGGGUUUAAUAUGAAAUCAUUAAAUGUGAAUGAGGUUAUAACUAGAAUACUAAUAAGGAGGAGUAGGUUGAAAACUAGAUAUUUGUCAGGCUUUUACGAAUUACGAAUAAAAAAAGAAGCUUCUGCCAA